AUGACCUUGAAAACAGAUCUAGAGACCUUGCGAGAUGGGAAAAACCUAGAACAUCAGAUCUGUAGUGACGGAACAAUCUGCAAUAACAAGCUUAUUGGUGCAAAAAAUUUCAUAGACGCAGGCAAAGGGAAAGCUAGAAGGAGUGCUCCAUUUGACCAAGAUGGCCAUGGCACCCACACGUCUAGCACAGCUGCAGGAAAUUUUGUGGAAGGUGCAAGCUUGUUUGGACAGGCCAAUGGAACAGCAUCUGGCAUGGCCCCUUAUGCUCACUUAGCAAUUUACAAAGUCUGUGGCGCCUAUGAUUGCGCUGAUGCUGACGUUUUGGCUGCAAUGGAUGCUGCUGUUGAUGAUGGCGUUGACGUGCUCUCCCUCUCACUUGGCGGUCCCUCAGUUCCUCUCUAUGUUGAUCUGAUUGCCGUUGGCGCAUUUGGAGCAAUGCGAAAGGGAAUUUUUGUCAGCUGUUCAGCUGGAAAUGAUGGUCCUGAAUAUGGUUCUUUAUCAAAUGAGGCUCCAUGGAUUCUCACUGUUGGAGCAAGCACCACUGACCGAAUAUUAAACUUAACCUCGACACCUACAGUCACAAACUUGUCCAAAGGCUCCGGAUCAGAUCCACUCGCUCCAAAGGUCGCUAUCUUUUCAUCAAGAGGACCAAACAUUGCAAGCCCUGGAAUUCUAAAACCUGAUAUCAUUGGACCUGGUGUUGACAUCCUAGCAGCAUGGCCCUAUUCUGUGGACAAUGCCACAUCUAAGGCAACAUUUAACAUAAUUUCGGGUACGUCAAUGUCAUGUCCUCACCUAAGUGGCAUUGCAGCCUUGCUUAAGAGCUCACACCCUGACUGGUCACCAGCUGCAAUUAAAUCUGCAAUCAUGACAACUGCGGAUGUACUAAACCUCGUUGGCAAGCCCAUUGUCGAUGAAUGGCUUAGGCCGGCAGACAUCUUUGCAAUAGGUGCAGGUCAUGUUAACCCUUCAAAAGCAAUUGACCCAGGCCUCAUCUACGACAUACAAGCAGAGGACUACAUUCCUUACUUGUGUGGUUUAAACUACACAGAGAAACAAAUACGUAUCCUCAUCCAACAAACAGUGAACUGCUCUCAAGUUGGAGCCAUAGAAGAAACUCAGCUAAAUUAUCCUUCAUUUUCUAUUUUUGUGAGUUCAAGUCACAAGCUGUGCGUAGUGGAGUCUGAUUAG